AUGUGUCCACCACAGACAGGAUGCAAAGCAUUUCCAUCACUCUUAAAUAUUGUUCAUGAGUCUUUGCAGGCCGUCCCUACCUUUAUCCGUCUGCACACAACUACUGAUCUGCAUUUUGUCACCAUAGACUCAUUUGCAUUUUUUGUAAAUGUAGAUAUUCUUUUGAGUCUGUCUUGUUUCACUCAACAAAACGGUUUUGAUGUUCAUGAAUGUUAUGUGUUCCCUUUUAUUGCCAAAAAGUAUUCCAUUGAAUGGGUAUUUCACCUGUUGAUAGUGAAGACUUCACUGACUGUACUGGUGAAUACAAAGGCUGUGCUCUCCUGCCCUCCUGUCCCACUGACACCUGAGUUUGUAGCAACAUGGAAAAUAAUCUUCAGAGACAACACUUCCUGCACCAAAGCCUACAGGAGAGAUAAAAAUGAGACUUUGGAAGCUAAUUGUACUAAUAAAGGAAUAACCUGGGCCACCAGACCUGACCAGAGUCCUGCCCUUCAGAUUGAUCCAGUGGCCAUCACUCAUGAUGGGUCUUACAUGUGUGAAAUAGUAACAGCUAAUGGGAAUUUCCAUCAUGCCUAUCAUGUCCAAGUGUUAGUGCCCCCCGAGGUGACCGUGUUUCUAACUGAGAAUAGAACUGUGGUGUGCAAGGCAGUUGCAGGGAAGCCGGCUGCACAGAUCUCCUGGAACCCAGAGGGGGACUGUAUCACUGAGCAAGAAAAUCAGGGCAACGGUGCAGUGUCUGUGAGGAGUGCGUGCCACUGGGAGGAUGGCAUCAUGUCUGCUGUGACCUGCUCUGUCUCCCACUUGACUAGAAACGAGAGUCUGAGCAUACAACUACAUCCAGGUUAG